UAAAGGUCGAGAGACAAGCAGCCAGCCAAAGACGGAUUCUGAUGGAGCAGAAAAGCCAGAGCAGAACCAAGGUGCUUCAUCUGGAUCAGCUCACAGUCCACAGAAGAUGUUGAAUCCUAAUGUGACAAAAACCAUCAGGGAUCUGAAGGCCAGUGGGGAUCUGGGUCAAAAGGUUCUGACUGUGAAGGUUGUGGAGAAAUCCGACCUGUACCAAAGUAAAACUGGAAAUACGGAUUAUUUCUACCUGGGAGUCGCUGAUGAGACAGACGCCAUCAAAGUUGUGGGGUUUGAAGAAGAGCAGUUUGAAGCCUUUGAGAAGGGCCACUUCUACACCAUCAGAAAUGCCCUCAUGGAUGAGAAGAAAGUUUUGAAAAUUACAGAAUCAACCAAGGUGUCAGAGACCAGAUCAUUCGAAGUUCCCAGAAAUGUGGAGCUGAAGGCUGAAGAUUUUAUUUUCAGUCCAUUUAAAAGCAUCAGAGAAAUCCAGAGCAUUGGGGACAAGAAGGAAGUGAGAGUUGAAGGCACCGUGAAGGAGAUCCAGAUGAAAAAAACACCCACGAAGAAAGACAAGCAGGCCUUUGAGCUGGAGGACGGUACUGGGUCCAUCACAGUGGACUUGUGGGGUGACGACACCAAACACCUGAAUGGGAUAUCAAAUGGAGACAGGGUUCUGGUCACCAACUUAAAGACAAACCUCUACAACGGCAGAGUUUCUUUAAACUCCACCAACUUCACCAGAAUCACCAAGGUCCAAAGUGCUCAGGUCCAGAAUGUAAACAUCACGAUCAAAGGGAUCAGUAAGUUUGACGGGAUCAAUGCUGAGCUGGAGGUUGAGAUAAAAAACCAGGUGAAAACGCUGGAGGUUUCCUGUCCCAUCCUGGCAAAAGCUGUUGGUCUCCGUCUGGACGACGACUUCAAAGCCAAACUUCUGAAGAAACUCGAGCUGAAAGUCAAAGCACAAAUACAAGGAAACAAGAUCCAGCAGCUUGAAGCUCUAGCCUGAAUCUCCUCAGGUUCUGCUUCACAUCCACCUGUUGCUGCCAUCUAGAGGCAGGACAGAAACGAUUUCAGCUGGGAUUUUGUUUAAUUUGUUCUUAAUUAUGAAAAAUUGUCUUUGGCUUCUAUUUUAACCCUCCUGUUAUGUUGCGGGUCAAAUUGACCCGUUUUAAAGUUUAAACAAUUUUUUAAAAUAGUUGGAAGUAUUCUUUUUCAUAAAACUUUUUCUAUUUGUCUUUAUAGUUGCACUCUACAUAUACAUAGAAAAUGUAUUCAUUUUACACAUUUGGAAACCCCCCCGGCAUCUACUUUUUACAUCGAUACUGUGCAGAUCAAUUUGACUCAGCAGUCAAGUUGAAGGGUAAAAAAGACAAAAUUCUAUAUGUUUCCUUGCAGCUAUGAACCAUAUUUCACCACACAUACAUACAUGCACACACCCACACACAAGUCCACUUCCUCACUAUUCUCUUUACUUCACUAGGAAACUGUGAGAAAGCAGAUGUUCAUACAACAUCUGGCGGGAAUCUUUUCUGUUCCUGUGGAUAAACUCCACCCACACUGAGUGGAGGAAAACUUAAGUACUCUCUACAUGAGCCAUUUAUCUUGAUUUUAAUCAGUGGGACAAUUUGACCCUGAACAGUAUACGUGUCUCAAGUUCAAUUAUAAAGAUCACCCAUUGAAAAAAAAAUCAAAAUGCAAUAUAAACUUUUUACAAAAGAUAAAUUUCAAAGAAAUUAUUGGUUUUUUUGUUUGUAAGUUUUUUCAGUGGACAUAAAAAAAUUUAUAUUAUUUUUUAUGUCCAAAUGAGUAAAUGAUUAAGUUGUCGUCAUUGAUCCUUUAUUUGUGAGGAAUAAAAAAACAUAAUUGCACAAAUAUUGAUUGAAAUUGUUAGUAUUGGAGUUAAUAAUCAGAUACAAAAAUGUUUUGGAGGAAUUUUUUUGGUUUCUGACACUUGCAUGAUUAAACAGUCCCCGGGUCAAAUUGACCCACAAAUAUUAUUAAUUAUAAUACCAAUAAUAUUUGUAUUAAUUAUUAAUUAAUUAAAAUCUGGAAUAAACAUCCUGGAGCUACUUUACUUCCACCUGCUGCAUCUUCUUACAUUUUGAUAAUUUUACAAUUUUCUAUGCAAAUCAACGCUGCCAUCUUUGAUCUUAUGAUUGACCUUUGACCCUUUUCUGUGAUUUAUUGGUAAAAUCUGAAAUAAACUAAUGCAACAGUU